UAUAAAAGCCGCGGGUCCGGCGGCGUCCCUGGCGUGUGUCCGGAGAAUGGCCUCGCGCGUGGGGAUAGCCGCCGCGCUGCUGGCCGGCCUGUGCGUCUGCGCGGCCAUCCAGGCGCCCUGCUUGAGGGGCAAGAGGGGCGUCACCAAGGCCGAAAUACUGCUGGACGACGUGGCCUGCUACAGCAACUGCCGGAACGUGCAGCCGGACAAGUUCAGCGAGACGUGCAAGUUGUGCUGCCCGACUUGGCUAGGGGGCACGGGCAACGACGUCGCAUCUCCAGCCCCAGGGGAAGCGGCAAAUACCGCAGGUACAACAACAGCACAACAAGGAGAAACGAAUAAAAGGGAAUCCACGACCCCAUCCACGGACCCGGCCACAACGCCACAACCGACGGUGGACGCGACGGAUACUGCCUCCACUGCCGCUCCACCCACACCUGAAGCGUAGGGGAGGUAGACUAAUGACCAAUGUUCUGUACACCAGCAAUGAGAAAUAAAGUAAACCUAACUACCUA